AUGGCGACCGCCGCGCAAAAACGUGUCAACCUGGUGGUUUCACGGAUCAUCCCGCCCGUGCUCCUCGGUGCGGUCGUCUACGCUACUUACGCCCUUACGAAGACAUUAUGCAUUGACUAUCUCAUCCACCCGCUACCUUCCUAUCAUCAACCUCCCCGUGUCGGCGCUGGCGCCGUCAUCCUCAGCCUCUACUACCUCCUUUUAAUAUUCGUGGUUGUGACAUACACCCGAUUACUCUUUAAUGUUCUCGUUAAUCCUGGAUACCUGCCCCUGGGCGCGGAGCGUGUACAAGCCGACGCGGAAUCCGAUCACAAGCGCGAGAAGCGUCGGAGCAUCUCCCAAGCAAAUGGAGCCGCAGAGAAGCCGAAGCGUGUAGGUGCGAAUGCAUCAGACGUGGAUAUUGAACAGGGAAUUCACCAUCAAGCGGGAGGGAAAGCGUUUGAGCUGGAUCCCUUGGGCCUGGAGAGCUUCUAUACGAAAGAUAUCUUUGUUUGCCAGGAAGACGGUCGACCGGCAUACUGCUCCACAUGCUGUCAAUUCAAGACCGACCGAGCGCAUCACUGUCGAGAGGUGGACCGAUGCGUGCGCAAGAUGGACCAUUUCUGCCCCUGGGUGGGAGGUGUCGUCUCCGAGACAUCGUUCAAAUUCUUCAUCCAAUUUGUCGUGUACACUGCGGUCUUUUGCGUCUUUGUCUUGAUCGUCUGCGCAUAUUUUACUGCGGAAAUCCGUCGUGACGUUAGUGACCACUGGAGAAAUGCCAUGACAGACUUUAUUUUACUGACAUUGAGAAAGACUGGAGGUGCCAAUGCUCACUGGGCCGUCUGUCUUGGAUUGAGCGGCCUUUUCUUCUUCUUUUCCGGGGGAAUGUCCCUCAGUUCCGUGCAAUUGGCCAUGUGGAACCUCACCACCAUUGAGAAUCUCAACCGCAACUCCGCCGUCUGGACACUCGCCAUUCGAGUGCCCGACCACCUAUUAGAGCGCCUCUGGUCAGGCGACUCGUCCUGGGCACCGACCUUUCGCACGGUGUCAUAUCCUCUUCGUCCACCCACCACACCCUCUGAGCGCCACACGUCCGAUUCUUCGACUGAGGAGCGUCACGUCUUUGCCAUCCUCCACACCCAGCCGGGCGAAAAUCCCUUUGAUCUUGGCAGCAGCUUGAAGAACAUGCAACAGGUCAUGGGAUAUAGCCUGAUUGACUGGCUUCUCCCAUUGAAACACAGCCCCUGUGCGAAUCACUCUAGCCCAGAGAGCGCUUUCGCGCUGGGCCCGGUGGUCACUCGUCUCAAACAGGAAGCUGGGCUGUCCUAA